AUGUCCACCAGCACAAUGACUACAACUCUGGGCACUUCGAAUGUCCGCGGCGGCGGCCCAUCGCGCCAAACUCGGGUCAAUCCCAAACGAGUCACAAGAGGCUUCGGCUCCGGCCCGCCGCGUUACAACUCCCUAACCAGCGCCAGUGGUCUUCCUCUCGGAACUUCGAACACUACCAUGACCACAGCCAACACAGCUCCGGCUAGUAGCGAACCUCCGCGCCUCUAUCCCGCCAUCACACACUUCGCCGACGCCAUCGCGGCCUUGCCUCGAGAGUUUCGGAGACACAAUUCGCUCCUGAAAGAGGUUGACGCGAAGGCGUGGGAGGCGGAGGAAAAUCUGCAGAACAUACUCAGACAAUGUCUAUCCGAUCCGGCGAUCACAGGAACAAAUCUGGGCUCGACUGCGCCAGUUGUGGCGGGACCGACUGCUCCAGAUGACCCCGUCCAUGCCAGCGAGAUCAACAGCGUCACCGGCGCUUCCCUUGACACAGCGUCGCUUGCCUCUGCUCGCUCGGCCGAUCCGGCUGUUCUACCGCGCCGGCAGCAGUUCCACGCUCUCAGACAGCAUUUAAUGGCAAUAAUGGUAACCAUGGAUGAAAAGAACCAUGUCAUCAACAAUGCCAAUGAAGAGGUGGCAAAACACAUUCGUCGUCUAGACAAGGCCUGGUCACAUUUGGAUGACGAGAUAUCAGAGGAAGCACGACUCGGGAGUCUCCGACACUGGGCGUAUCCAGAUCUGAAUGCCGUCAAAAAACCAGCUGCGCCUGCUACCAGAAAAGACGGAGCCACGGGCGCUGGCACUCCUCAUGAAAACGAGGCUGCGCAUAGGAGCGAAGCCCGACGAGAAGCUGUCAUGGCCCGGAGGCAUAGAAACAAUCAACAUGCUGAGUCUGACUUCGACGAGACCAAGGCCCAGACACGGAAGACCAAUGCAACAGGCAAGAAGCGCGCCGCUGAGACCGCACCGGAUACAACUGGCCUGGGCAUUUCUGGCACCGGCGCCGGUCCCGGCAAGAGAAAGAAAGCGGAAAAGCCUACAGUUGGUGGAGUCGGCAUGGAGCGCUCAAUCAGUAACGCCGUGGGAGGACGAGCCAUGUCAAGAGAAAACUCUCAACAGGAGAAUGCGAAAAAGAGGAAGGCAUCGACCGCUGUCACGACUGUGGCUCGGAAGAGAAUCAACGCGGCUACCCAGGAUUCACCCAAACUGGCCUCCUCCCCUCUCGCUGGAACGACCGGAAAGGAAGCAUACAAGAGAAGCCCUGCGUUAUCCAACGCACGUCCGGCUGGAAGAGGGCGGCAGAACUCGACACAAGGCGCAGAGAACACACGAGGGCGACCUUCCUCAUCGGCCGCAAACAAGCCGGGAGGUAGUCACAAUGUCACGGCCUCGACACCCGAACUGCACAGCGUCGCAGCGGUGACUGGCAAGAGCACAAGCGAGGUCAAGAAUACCAUGAAAGAGACCAAGACGGACAAGGGAGACCGCCUGCUCGAAGACAAGGCCACAGCAGCCGACAGCGCGGAAGGAGAACCCUCGUUGCGGGGUGCUCUCUUGCUGGAAAGCUCGGCCAGCGGACAAGAGGGCGGAGCCAGAGAUGAGCCGCCUGAGGAGGGUUCGACCAAGGGAGCCGUCGCUUCACCUCGCCUUCCUCCACCGCUGCAAUUGAGCGAAAUCAAGAACGAACGACGGGGUAGAGCCUCGAAAACGUCGACGCCCGUGGCCGGGUCCUUCGCCGAGGCUGAGGAGACUGAGACCGGGACUGCCAACGGUAGCGGCAGUGGCAACAACACGAACAAUAACGGCACCAAGCCCAGACGCCCGGCGCGACCGAGAGUCAAGGACCACGGUCUCCAUGACUCGCUGUCACCCAAGGGCUUACCGAUGAAACGGCCUCACAAGAAGAGUGGCAGUUUCUCGGCCUUUAGCCCGCUCACGACCAACAGCCAGAGGCUGAGGGAUGAACCCGAUGCCAAGUCCCAGUCUGGAACACCUUCGGAACGGGGCGGUGUGCCCAGCGGCGAUGACAACAACAACAAUAGUAACGGCAACAGCAUCAGCAACACCACCAAUAACGGGGCCCGUGGUGACGAGGAAGAAGCCGACGGCGCCGAAGAAGACGAGGAACGGUAUUGCUACUGCCAAGGCGUCAGCUACGGCGAGAUGGUGGCCUGCGACAAGGAAGAUUGUCCCCGACAAUGGUUCCACCUGGAAUGUAUCGGGCUGAAGAGUGUUCCCAAGAGCGCCAAAUGGUAUUGCGACGAGUGUAAAGAGGCCCUGGCAAAGAAAGGCAAAGUCGCCAAUGGUGGCAACGGCGGCAACAAUGGGAAUGGGAAAUGA